GUUAACUGUCAAGUCAACAGAGUAAUUCAACAAUAAAUUAUUAUGAUAGGGACUAGUUCUUGAUCUGUGAUUAUAUGUAUCUUCUAUGGCUAAAACAAGUGCUAGCGCAUUAAUUAAUUAAAAAAAGUACCACUUAAAUAUAUUAGUAGCCUCCUAAAUAAUGAUUAUAUUUUAAAACAAAAUGUAACUUCAUGAAUGUCACAGCUUCUUUUCUUGAGCCUUUUAAAAAUUAUAUCAUACCUAUACUCACAGCUCAUAUCAAUGGUAAAUGGUAUUUCCAAAUCCUAAUAUAUGUAUUAAAAAUGAGCAAACAGGGUAUAAGCAGUGGCAGCAGAAAAGUAUCUGCAACGGAAAAACCUAAGAAACUCUGGUCCUUGGGAUUAUUGGAAUCCAUGAAAGACCCUAAGAGUAUUUAUAAGGAAACCAAGGAAGUUGUUGUGAUAAAAGAUAAGUAUCCAAAAGCAAAAAUACAUUAUCUUGUUCUCCCUCAUGAUGAAAUUAGCAGUAUUUUUAACCUUAACAAGAACCAUGUAGAUCUUUUAGAAGAAUUUGGCAAGAUAUUUGAAGAAAUCCAGAAAGAACAUAGUGACUCAAUGCUUUGUAGUGGUUUUCAUGCAGUACCAAGCAUGCAUAGAUUACACAUGCAUAUAAUAAGUAAAGAUAUGAUUUCACCUUGUUUGAAAACCAAGUUACACUGGAAUAGUUUCACUACCAAUUUUUUUUUGCCAUACCAAGAUGUUCUCAGAAAGUUAAAAGAAGAUGGACACAUUGAAAAAAUAUCACCAGAAGCACACAAAAAGUUUAUGUCCACACCACUUAAAUGUAACCAAUGCAAUUUUGAGCCAAAAAAUAUGCCUCAAUUAAAGCAACAUUUAGUAAGCCAUUGUGAUUAAUGAUUUAGUUAUAAAAAUUAUGAACUAUCUUUAAAACUCUUUUUUUUUUUCAAGUAUUGUGUUUGUGGUUUAAGAGAUUUUAAUUUAUGAAAUCAACAAUUCAUGUUCUUAUUAGAUACCAGAUACUUGUUCUGGAUUCAACUGGGUUGACCAACAAUAAAUAAAAUAGCCCAUUUUAUGCUGUGUUUGCGUAGCUUUGUAAUGGUAAAUAAUUUUGAAGUGACCUUCAUCACUGUGCCACCGCUAAUAUUAUAUUAAGGAAAUAAAAAUGUACACAAACAUAAUGCAAACUAAAAAAUAAAGAGAUGAAAUCUUGAAAUAAAACAUUUUGAAGAAAUUGCACUAUUUUAUUGCCAAAAAAAUAAAAGGUACUUUUUGUGUAAAGAAAACUUGUUGAUAAUACAGAACUUAUUAUUAGAUAUCAAAAAGAUAAGCUAUGUGUAGUCGUAAAAUCAAC